GUGGAUCGACUGUUCUCAGAAAAGCAGAUGUGGUGUUAUUUCGUGGUUGCAGGUUUGCGAAGUUGUAUCAGGGUAAGGGGCAAUGGAAGAUUUAGAGGGGCGGAGGUGUGAAUCUUUUGAACCAUUAUAUAAAGGACCACAUUUCACUGUGACGCAAGAAAGUCAGCCUGUCAAUAUGUCGGCAUUCCUGUUCAGGCACCUCUUUCUGGCCUUCCUGGUCACCGUGUCCAUGGUCCACAUCUCGGUCUCGGCCAACUUUCGUUGGCCCACCAAGGUGACCACAACUUGCUGUACACAUGUGUCUCGCAGUCCCUUUACAUUUCCUCUGAAAGGAUACCGCAUCCAGAAUGCCUUAUCUCCCUGUGUACAUGCCAUCGUCUUCUACAGAGAGAAAGGUGGGAUGAUCUGUACUGAUCCCAAAGCAUCCUGGGUCAGCAGGAAAACAAGAGAUUUGCCAGUGAUGAAAAAUUGAAGGAACCCUCCCAAACUGAAUAAAACCAAUCUACCCUUUAUUUACCCCACCCUCCCCAUGACCUACCCCACCCUCCCUAACAUCUACCCCACCCUCCCCAUGAAAU